CCAGCCAAGCCAGCCGCACAAUCGAUCGCAUACAGCGUGUAUAAAUUUCUUUGCAGCGUGACCCACGCGUUAGUCAUUUCUAGACUCCAGUUGUGUCGGUGCUUUGUUCAUUAUGGGGUUAAGCUGGAUUUUUGCUUCGCUUUUGUGCGUUUUGACGGUGGACUGGUCUCAGGCCGCAUGUGACCAGAGCAUGGCGACGAGUGAAGCGACGCUGAACUGUAUAACCGGUUUCUCCACCUAUAUCAGCCAGGCAUCGAGUUCCAUAUCGGAUCCCAGUCAGAUGGCCACAAUUUUCUGUUCGGCGGAGGGACAGAGCGCCAUUGCAUGCAUGUAUCCCAUAAUGGAGCAGUGUCCGGAACUCAUGGCGAACAUGGGAGAUGGGGCGAUGACGAUGCCCUCUCAGGCGGAUCUGCAAAAGGCCUGCACUCAGAUGCCUUCCGUUUCAGGCCCUUGCAUGAAAGCGAUGACGUGCGUAGCCAGCGCUUCUCAGGGGGCCAGCAUGGGUGUGGACGAAAACUUCAUGGCCACAAACAACCUGACCUACCUCCUUCCGGUUAUUGGAAUGACCUGCGGUCCAAUGAAGGAGCAGUUCGACUGUAUAACACCGGAAGUGGAGGAACAGUGUACAGAAAUCACUAACCAGAUAAAGCAAAUGAUCCCCUUGAUGAACAAUGGCAUGCCGGAUGGUAUCGGCUUCCCCGAGUACGACGUCCUGAAAACGUUAAUCAGAACCGGAUGCACAAACGUCCCAGAAGACAUUGCUACCAACAAAUGCGCACGAGACAGAUUGGAGUCUGCGCCAUUUAAGGAGUGUAUGACGAAAGCGAAUGCCGACUUCAAAACUCCAAUGGAGAUGAAGAGCUGCGGAGCCACGGAUGCCCGGCUCAUGUGCCUCAAAGAAUCCGUCGAGAAGCCAUGUGGCAAGAGCUAUUACACAGCCCUGGCCACCAAUGGAGACCACUUUCUCACGAUGGACCACUUCACGUGUGACCGUUCCACGAGCGCCGCCCCGGUCGUCCGUCUGUCCGCCGCUGCUUCGCUUGUAGCUUUAGCUGCUGUCCUUCUUUUGUAAACUCGAUGGUACAUUUUGAUAUUUGAAUACAAAACUGUAGCUGUACUCAUACAGUUUUGCAAUCUGGUUAAAGCACCAUGAUCAAGCCUGUAUAGGAUAUAUGAAGUUUUUAUUUUAAUCAGAUUGUGCAGUUGUGCAUUCAGGUCUUGAAAUUUGCUCGUUUCGCCUAGUUGAAGUUUAGGAUAUGACAAUUUGUAACCGUUUAUGUACUCUUUAUAUACUUUGGAUCCCUUGUUCAGGAUUUUACAAUUAUUUAAAAGUUACAUUCAUUUUCUAUGUAGUCUGUUAUACAAUACUUAUCUCAUCGACGUGAUUUCUACAUGUAUACCGGAAGUCGUGAAUAACGUUUGCGGAAUAAGAGCCUUACAGAUUGAAGUGACAUUCCAACUAGGAACACAGAACAUGUACAGGCACUCACCAAUCGUUUGGAAGAGCUUACAUCACUGAGCGAACUUCCGUCACAGCUUCAAAUUAUUAUUUUUAGCAAUAUCUUCUAGACUUCAAUUCCCAUUAAGUGGUUAUUUGUUUUCCGCGUUGACAAGAAAAUGUAAGGAUGUAUCUUGUUGUUUAAGUUAAUGUUAUAUUGAGGAAAUAUGAACAGGGCAAUAUUUCAGAUCAAUGGUGAAUUUGGGAUGAGAGUCCCAGUGGGGACAUUGAUUGAGAGCGGAGAACAAGUGCCUGUAUUUGUAUACAUGCCAGGAGAACUGUCGUCCAGACAAGCUGCAAUCAAUAUCAGCUAAUAGUCUGCAAAAUUUACUGAUGAAACAGGGUUAAAGGUCCUGGCUCAAUAUAAUAUUGCAGCUUGACUCAAUCUUAUUAUGGACCGGGGGCUAAAUCAGGGUUAACGUUUUUGGAAAUAUUGAUUUUGACUUAUAUUAUGAACCUUUGUGUUUGCCGGAUUAAUUAUUUUUGCUUGUAACGCGUACGCUGUUUUUUAAACUUGUUUUGAGCCUUUAGAUCCGUAAGCCUAGAUAUAUUCAAGAAAGACGAAUUGGCAACAAAUCUAGGUUGCAAACAGUCAGAUAUAAAAUAGUACAUACAUACUAAACGCACGUAAUAUUGUUAUGUACGUUUUAGUCUAGUCAAUAAAUUAAGUCACAUCAACACUCUUGUUAUCUCAGACCAAUCUACAACAGCAAACUUUUGAGGUAAAUAAUAAAAAAAUGCAAAGUAGAAGCCUACAUUAAUAAGAUAUGUAUACGAACGUGAUAUAUUAUCAUUGCCAUAUAUACGUAUAUUGCUGCAUUUCAGCUACAGUAGUUACUUAUUACCUUCCAAGGUGUGAUCUUGUCGUAUUUCAUAACAUAUAUAUAUAUGUGUGUAGUUUAUACAUUGUAUUUUUGAAUGAGCGUAUUUUAGAUGAGAUUAAUUUUGUUUAUGAUUGUAGGCAUGGGUUAGAAGAAUAGCUUUUUAGUAUAAGUUUCGUAAAAUUUAAUGACAUAUGCUUUUAAUUAAUAUGUAGUGUAUACGUGUUUACAACAAUGAGCCUUGGUUAAAAUAGUUUAAUGGAAACAAAACUUACUUUGACAAUCUAAUAUAAUUUGUUUGUUGCCUUUAGUGCAAUUCGACGUGCAUUUUAUGUGUAAUUUCGGAUGAUUCACAUGUAGUUACUAAAAGUUACCAGGUAGAAUGUGCCUUCAACCAUCCGUUGAAUUUAGUUGUUUCAAAGUUUUCAUGGUCAGGGUAUUUAGAUCCCUGCCGAUGCAAUGCUGUUUCUUUUUCACCGGUAUUCCUUCCAAUUGCCAGGCCACCUGUUUUAAGUGUUCAUAUAUGUCACAUGCUUAUUUUUGUUGUCGUAAUAAAUAAUAAACCAUA